GGCCAAAAGGCCUACAUGCUUUUUCAUUCGAAGGCCUAUAUGUUAGUUGGGCUUGACCUCCUUACUAAACCUAACCUCGAGCAGUUGCGCUCUCUCCUUCUUCCUCAUCUCCCUCGGCGGCGGCGGCGGCGGCAAGCGAAGGAGAAGGCGAAAAUGGGCAAGGGCACGGGGAGCUUCGGGAAGCGCCGGAACAAGACGCACACGCUCUGCGUGCGCUGCGGCCGCCGCAGCUUCCACCUGCAGAAGAGCACCUGCUCCUCCUGCGGCUACCCCGCGGCCCGCAUCCGCAAGUACAACUGGAGUGUGAAGGCCAUCAGGAGGAAGACCACUGGAACUGGGAGGAUGAGGUACCUUCGCCACGUGCCCAAGAGGUUCAAGAGUAACUUCAGAGAGGGGACUGAGGCUGCACCAAGGAAGAAGGGGGCUGCUGCUAGCAACUAGACUGCACUUGUUGCGCUAAGCUGGGAGACCAGUGUCUUUUUGUUGCUUAAUUUAUCGUAACUCUAUGUUCCUAAAUGAGGCAAACGAUGUCUGGUUUUCUGUUAUUUUGCAUCCUGGAUGUUAAUCCUUGAGUUUUGAAUGUUAGAUCGUUUUAUCCGUUAUCAUCGCUCUCAUACGCAUUUAUC